AUGUCUGACGAGCAGACCAAAGCAUUGCGUAGAAGUCACGGUGACGUUAAAAGAAAUUUAACGCGUAUUAUAAAAUUCGUUUACACACACAACAAACCCAAGGACGAAAUCGCGGUUCAACAAAGGAUCCAUGAAUUGGAACCAUUGCUCGACAAGUUUAACGAUAUUCAGAAUCAAAUAGAAACUCUCAUCUUUGACUUUGACAACGAUGACGCUGUUGAAAAGGAAGACAGCGAACGCGAAGAAUUUGAGUCUAAAUAUUACGAGACCCUCGCAAAUUUCCUACAACAAAUUUCUGGAUUUUCGGCACUCAUUGAAUGUCUCAUUGUUUCCAAGAUCACAAAUUCUCUGCCCGAAGUAUCGUUUUCAACUUCACAAUUGAACAUUCCCAAAAACGUCAUAUUAGCAGAUCCAGAAUUCAACAUAAGCAGCCCAAUUGACAUGCUAAUCGGAGCAGAUCUGUUCUACGAACUCCUAUCAAUAGGUCAAAUAUGCAUUCCCGAGGGACCCAUGCUUCAAAAGACCGUGCUGGGAUGGGUGCUCUCAGGGAAAUCAGACACUGUCAAGCAACGAAGACAAACAAAGAGUUUUCUUAUCUACUCUGACGCUGAACGGGACAUAAACAAAUUUUGGGAAAUUGAAGAAAUCAAAGGUAGAAAGCCGUGGUCACAGGAAGAAACACUCUGCGAAAAACAUUUCGUAGAAAACACUGAGAGGGACAAGAAAUCAGGCAAAUUUAUUGUAAAAUUGCCCUUUAACGAGAAAAUAACAUCCUUGUUUGAUACGGGGAAGGUUGCAGAGAAACGAUUUGUAUCUCUCGAGAAAAGGCUAGAAAAGGAUCUCAAAUUGCGUGAGAAAUACCAAAAAUUCAUGCGAGAAUUUGAAGACUUGGAACAUAUGCAAGAAAUCAAAACCAUGACCGAUGAAACAAAUAAUAAUGGUUAUUAUCUCCCACACCAUCCAGUAGUAAACGGCAAACAAGACAAAAUACGAGUUGUCUUCGAUGGUUCUGCACAGACAGAUUGCGGUCUGUCACUAAAUGAUUGUCAAAUGGUAGGCCCAACUAUUCAGAAUGAGUUGCUCUCUAUCAUCUUAAGGUUUAGAAAAUACCCAUAUGUUUUAACCGCAGAUAUCGAGAAAAUGUACCGCAUGGUAUUGAUGCACCCAGACUUUCAUCGAUAUCAGAGAAUUUACUGGAGAAAUCAAAGUGACGAAGAAAUGAAGAUCUACGAGUUAACAACGGUGACGUAUGGUACUUCCGCAGCAGCAUUUUUAGCUAUCAGAUGCCAAUAUCAAGUGGCGCUUGAUCUGAAGUCUGAUGAUCCAGAACUCAGCAAGGUAUUUCGAGAAUGA